CGAGCGUUUGAGUCGAUCUUUUUCAAGCGCUUGUAAGUCGGUUUUGUUAAUAACUUAACUGACAAUCUCUGUAGUCGUAUUGUUUUAUGUUCAAAUUUGAGUCAGAUUCCGGAAAGUUGUGACAUCAAAUUAUCAUGAUAACCAGUUGGUGUUCCAAUGAUUGGAUAUGAGUAUAAACAUGAUGUAUACAAGACUUUCACCUAGUUUUGUAUGGUGACUGGUCAAAAGAUUACUGAUGGUCUACUGAAAUUUGUACCUGUGUUACAUUCAAGACUUCACAUCAUGAAAAUCUUAUUAUUGGGAUUUCUCCCCCCUAAAAGUGAUAUUGAGACAGGACAAUGAGUUGUAUAUGGUCCACAGAGGUGCCUUGCUGAAAUUUGGACACCUUUCAAAAUGAUUGCCAUUUUUGAAAAUCUGAUUUUUGAUUCCCCUGAUUGGAAGUUACAGAGAUACUUAGACAAUUAGACCGAAACAAACUGAUAUUUGAUGUUAAGUUACAACGCCUGAGACACCAUGUCUUUCAAGAGGGAAGGGAAUGAUACGAACCAGUUAGGAAUUCUAAGAAAAAGAAGAGUUCGUGAAUUACUAGGUAUAGCAGUACCUGAGGAUGAAGCCUUACUGAUGAGCAAUGGCAGAUUUGCCUGCUUGGUUUGUGGGCACAGACCAGUGUUUGAUACAGUGGAUAUGCUGAUAGUACACAGACAGGGAAAGAAGCACUUGGCAAAUGCCGAAUAUGAAGCUGGGAAGAAAGACGAGUUGAAGAAACUGAUAGAGAAACGUAAACAUGACCAGUAUGUGAAGAAUGGCUCUACAGUCAUACAUCAGGCUCAGACAAGCUGUAAAGGAUUAGGGAUCGGUGCUCCUUAUGACCCCAGGGCUAAGAAACCACGACCUCAUGAAAGGAAACAAAAACUGGAUUUCACCGGCUCAGUUUCACAGGAACCUGCUUCGACAAAUUUAUCUGCAUUACCCGGAAAUAGAUGUUCUCUGUCUAAUCAACAAAGAAAAAAUUCAAAUGUUGAAAUUGAUCCAAGAAAAAGAGCAUAUUGUCCAAAAGAUGAUGACUACAAAACAGAUAAAAAAACUUUGUCUAAUCAGUCAUUCAGGGAUCUGCUGUUACAACAGGCAGACAAUGGUCCAGUAAAACAUUCAAAGCAACUUAAAAGGAUAUUUAUGCAGGAAAAGUCAACAGAAGAAACAAAUAUUGGAAAAUACCAACCCUAUGUCAGUAAUAAAAGUAAAAGAAAAUUUGGUAAUCAUUCUGAGCUUUCUAAUAAUUCAACUACUGUAUUACCUUCACAAAGCACAUGUCCUCAUGAAAAUUUCAAAGACAGCAAGUUUCGAUCUGAUGAACAAUUUUCUAAAACAUUUAAUGGACACAGUGAAAUCUCAGGACAUCCAGGUUUUAGGGGAGGUGAAAUUAAAAAUACAUGUACAUCUUUAAAACAGUCAGAAAUUCUGGCUCUGGCAGGAAAUCCUCCUCCACCUCCUCCAAGUAACAAAGGAAAUCCUCCUCCACCUCCUCCAAGUAACAAACUGACAUCAAAUGAGAAGCAGUCUAUUCAACCAGAAACGGCAUCAGUGUCCGAGGAAAGGAAGAGGAAAGCUGAGCUAUAUCUGCAAUGUAGAGGUGCUGGCUGGAAGAAAGACCUCACAGGGGAAAUGGAUUCGAGAUGAGGAUGCAGAAUUUGAUUCAGAUGAGGAACCACCUGAUUUACCAUAAGUGAAAUGGAAUUAGGAGGGAUGUUAAUAUGAAAUGGACUGGUUUUUGAUUAACACAAGUUUUUUCUCCGCAGUUCCUGUAAUUACAGAACAGUUGAAUAUUUUUUUUCAUAUAAUUAUUGCUGUUAAUGGUUCUGUGUAAUUAAUUAUUAAUAGAUCAAGAAAAGGUUUGUCUUGUUCAGACAAAACAUUUUUUUUAAACAUUUUGUACAGAUCUGCAAUCCUAUUGCAUUAUGAUGACCAAUAAGACAGAAGGAAAUUUUGUCAUCAUAAUUUAGAAACAUUAUGAAUUAAAACAAAUAGACCAGAA